AUGGAUACUGACGACUAUACCGUCGUGCCCGUCCCCCUUUUGGACUCGACGUUGGCAAACACCGAGAUUGUUUUUCGAGUCAGCCUUAUCUUAGACGCACCACUAUCAUUCGAAAAACUGCAGGAAUCAUGGUAUCAAGCGCUUGAGGCAAGACCCAUCAUGCAGGCGCAUGUACGUCGCUCCCCGUCGGCACCGUCAGGCCUUGAGUAUCAUGUCUGGACUCCCAAAGGUAUGGAACAGUACCUGGAAAAGCAACGUAGAGCGCCUGAUCACCUCAAGGACUUCUUCUGUCUAGACCAGUCCCAUCGAUCCAUCUCCGACUACUUUCCUGGUGUUAGGAUUGGUUCUCGGGCACCCUGCCAGUCCGAGGGCAUCUUCGUCAGCGACAGUGCGGAUCCACAAGAUCAGAACCACUGCACAGCUUUCAAUGGCGUGCAAAGUCUUGACGAGCUGCUCAACUCGGACCGCACGACAGCCACGGUCCAGGUGACCAGAUUCUCUGAUGCGACAAUUCUUAGCAUUUCCAUGAGCCACAUCGUUGGAGAUUUAUUCGUCAUCAAGGCCAUGUUCAAGGCGUGGGAAAGCGCUUUGCAUGGGAUAUCUCUUGCUCCCAUGGAAAAUCUGGGACGGGAUCCUUUCAGUGCCUAUGGACCAGGUGGUCAGCUUUCCGGCAGCAACGCUCAUCUGUUGCCUCCUGGCUGGCGGGUGUAUGGUCUCCUAGACAAAGCUCGACUCCUGUCGCGUUUCCUAUGGGACAGUUAUGUUUCACGGCCCGAGAGAAGCAUUUCUCCGAGAUACAUUUUCAUUCCGGAAAGCGAGGUGCAAGACUUAGAAAAGCAGGCAAAACGUGACCUCCUCGAGCUAGAAGAGCGACGUCAGCAGCAGCGCAUCGAGGGUCAAGGCUCACUCGUUGUCAGCCGAUCCAACGUCUUGCAUGCUUGGCUCCUCAAACACAACCACGCUCACCUUGAUCCAGGGCAAUGGAGCACGACCAUCACCAUCGUCAACGCGCGCGCUAGGCCGCCUGUUGGCAUGAAGAUAGGUUCGGAUGAUUUCCCCAGCCAUAACUGGUAUGGUGCUGCCAUGGCGGUUGCUUUACCCAGUCUCAAAGUAGGUGAUCUCAUGUCCAUGUCUUUGGGGGAAUUGGCAAUGCACAUUCGCAAAGGGAUCGAAGCCGGCUCGUCGGCAGAAAACGCCCGACGGUGGCUCACUUUUACCUUACACCAUCAACUGUGGAAGAAGCCUUCGGGGAAAUUCGUCUUCUGGAGUCCACCCGAUCACCACUGGUCCGGACUGAGCGAUUGGCGACUCAUCCCGUUAGCCGACGUGGACAUGACUCCCGCUCGGCUCGACCAGGUCCCUCAACGUGUCGCCAUCUGUAGCCUCAACGCUCACAUGGUCAGGGCGGGCACACAACGAAAUCGAUGGGUCUGUUUGGGACAGGCUGGUGGUGGUAUCUGGCUUGCUGGGACUGUGAGUGAGGCCGAGUGGCAGAAUCCUCGAGGGUUUGGAAAAUAUCCCCAUAUCCUUCGUCGGACAACUAAGUUGUCGAGUGAGGUUACAGAAGAGAGAUCUGAGGGUGCAAACUCUUGA